AGGUCCAAAUCUAGUCUAGUCUAGAUCUAGAUCUAUAAAUUUAGAUCUAAUGACUAUAUAAUAUGAUAUAUAGAAAAAAUUAUAGAUCUAGACCUAGAGAGAGUCAAUCUAGAUCUAGACUUCUAUAAAUCAUUUCAAAUCACUAAAAUGGCUUCAUAUUGUUGCAAGUCAAACCUAAUAACAUACUUGCAAUCAUAUUUUGUGACUAUCGCAACAAUACUGGGAACAGGAAUUUUAGGUUUACCUGUGAAGUUGGCACAUUCAGGAUUCUAUCCAUUCCUAAUUAGUUUUAUAGUAGAUGCUUUUGCUCAGUCACUUUUGGUGCACUGUUUCACUGACUUGUUGCAGAGAGCUGUUGCCUGUCAAUAUCAAAGAGGUCUUGGGGAGGAAUCUGUACCAUUGAAUACAAUAAUAGAGGAAGACAUAUUUCUUGAGUCAGAUGAAGAUGAUGGACAAACUAAUGUUCAAUUUACAGGCGCCAUAAUGAAGGGUAAGAUGCAACACAUUCGUGAGGUGCCACUUGUCCAGCCACCAAAUCUUCACCUGCUGGCAAAACUAUUUUUGGGUUGUGGCUUAGAGCAGGUCUUUGAUCUACUCGUCAUUCUUCAUUUUGUAGCUCUCUUGAUUUGUUAUGCCCUUGCUGGGAGUGAAGCUUUUGCACAGUUAAUUGGUGUUCGACAUAUUUAUGUCAUUCCAGUAUUUGUAUGGGUAUUAACUGCCAGUGUCUUGUUUGCUGUAGGGCUCAUUCAGCCAGUAGUUUCCAUACUAACCCUCUUUAAAGGAUUGCUCUUGUUAGGAACGACUACAAUAACUUUCUAUGUUGGAGUAUCAGUGUCUGAGAAAACGACCAAUGACUUUAGUUAUGUUGGAGCCCCUUUUUUGAUGGGCUCUGUUGCACUAGGUGGUGUUUUUAAUACUAUGCCUUACACCUUUGAAAAGGUUCCCUAUAAAAGAAAACAGAUAUUUUUGUACCGUCUCUCUGUUCAAUUAGGCUUGUGGACAUGUGUAAUUUUCAAUAUAUUUUGGUGCUGGGCUGUGCUGGACAUUGUUCCACAAACCAUUGAAUCUGCUUGCUCCUCUUUAAGUUAUGGACUAGCGUUUUAUUCAAACAACAGUGCAAGGGAAACAUCAAUCACUUGUCAUGGAGAGUUAUCUCUUGAAAGUGCUGCUGUAAAUGGUGAGAUCUCCACCAUACCACUGACUAAGUUACUGCAGCGAGAUCACCCUCAAUUCACUUGGGUAGCCAUCUUGAUUCAGGUUUUUAUUGCAAUAAGCAUCACUGUUUCUUACCUGACCAUCGGCACAGCUCUCCAUCAUACAGUUGGCGGUAUAGUUCAAUUCAUGAGUCCAUCAAGAGCUGGGACGACGCUGAGUAAAGCAAAAUCAAAAAAGAAACUCUCUCAAGAAUGGCUUAUCAAAACUGGACUUUCACUAGUUGCAUUUGUCAUUGUCUUUUUAGUGGCCAUGCUUGAUCCACAGGGGUUCGUUGACAUACUAGAAAAAUUUGUUUCCUUUACUAUGAAUGUUGAAGUUGGCAUUUUUGUUUUUCUUAUGCUUCUCUUUUCACACCAUGGAUCUUUCAAGCAUUUAGAUCUGCCGCUGCCUUUAUCCAAGUGCCUUUACUAUUUCAUCUUCCUUCUGCCACUGUUUUUUAAUUUUGCUGUUGUUUAUGAUGUUUACUGCACUAUCAGGGAUAUCGUACAUCCACCAAAGCUUUUGGCAGGCUUCCUCAACCAAACUGUGCAUGGUGUUAAUUCUAGUCAAGAGCAGACACAAAGUGGUCAGAUACAGCUAAUGCCUCUUACAUCUACCAUAAACUGAGCAGUAUGUAUACAUAUAGCUAAAAAUUAUUGUUUUAUUUCUUUUAAAAAGAUUGUAGCUUGUAAGUGUUUUAAGUUGUAUUUUUUUUUUUAUUUUGCUCAAAAAUGAUAUGAUUUAUUACAAAAUGUAAAAAUGUCAGUUGGUGCAUAGAAAAGUUAAACAAAAUUUGUCUGAUUAAUGAAACUGAAAGCAGAAUGCUGUUUGUUACAGCUGUUGUUUUUAAGUAACUUUUUUUUGAUAUUAUCAUUUUUAUAAGUAGAAAGUAGAAAAGUGAUUUAUUGAGUACCAUCUAAUUUUUUAAAUUUAGUAAAGUCAAUAUGAGUGAGCACUUUGUUGCCAGGUUUUUAAAAAUAUUAAUAAUUUGUAUUAUCUUCUCUAUUGAAAGUUCCUAGGAAUUCCCCAUCCAUUUGCAGAUAUAAAUUGAUAUGAUGUUUAUUUUUUCAGUGCAUUUUUAAAGUUAAUAUUCAGGACAACUAGAAAUAGAGUUAGUCAUAUUAAAUGAUUAAAAUUUUCAUGAAGUAAACUCAAGCAAGCGCUGAUAGACAUGUACAAGCUAAGCAUUGAAAAAUAUAGAGUUUAUAUCUUUUGAAAUAAAACUCAAAUUCCUUACUUUAAUUUGGUCUUCUUUUGUAAGAGCAUUUACCUAGUUUUGUUAUCACUCUUGUCCAGUCUCAUAUACCUUUACUGUACUUGUGACAUGUCACUACAAUGCUAGUUUACCUGUACCAGGUUUCAUUCUCUUCUAUUGCUUAUCAUUUUCACUUUGCUGUAUCCCCAGUGUUUAUUUUUGUUAUCUUAUUAGAUAUUAUUAGAUCCAAUAAAUUGCUUUAAAUUGAAAUAAUGGGGGGGGGGGUGAAUGUGUCCAGAAGGGCUGGGAAAGUUUCAGUAAGUGUUGUAUCACAAGGAGUUGGGAUUGAUAUAUUAGGAAGGUCUGGAGAUGUGCAAUGCAAUUAAGUGCCUCCUCAGGUAGUAUUUCAUUGCUUAUAUAGUUUGGAUUGAACGGAUACAUCCCUGUAGUCUUUGUGCUGCUUGGUGCAAUCUCUGAUGGUUACUCCAAACUUGUUUCAGUACUUCUCCAUAAGGUUUAAAUUUGUUUCAUUGCUGAUCAUGGAAGCAUCCUCCCUGAGAGCAUUUGUCCAAGUGAGCUUCAUAACUCCAAAGAAAGCCUGAUCCUAGUGGCUGUAUAAGGUGGCUACCAAGAGGCAGUAGAAUCAAAUAUUGUUUUCUGAACAGACAACAGAGUAGUGAUUUUUCUAGAAUGGAUGCAUGGCUUGUGUAACCAUAAAGCAUUUUUUUUCUGAAUGCUUGACUUCAUUCCAUUCAGAAGUGUCACUCUACAUAUAUUUUUUUUCUGAACGAUUGAUCACUUAAUAAGAUAACAUCCACUUGAAAGUGUCAUUCUCCCCUUCCAAGAUGGAAAACUCCAUAUCUGUCAACUUUGGCCUUAAGUUACGAUUAGUUCUCUACAGAGAAACGAAAACAAGCAUUUCAGAAAUGUACAAAAUGGAGAAUAUGCAAAACCAUAAUAUUUGUUCCGCAAAAAAAAAAAAUUAAGUAAAAUGGACAAUAUUAUGUUUGCUAAUCUCAAUCUAAUUUCAUUGGCUGAUAUAAAGAUGAAAAAUGACUGUUGCUUUUUGAACAAAAUUUUAGCUCUUAGGUAAGCCAACUUACACAUCCUUAUUUCCCUUUACUCAGCAAGCAGUCAGAACAUUGAAAUCUUAUCUUCUGAAGGGAAAAUGAUUUUUUAAAUGAAUUUUAGGGUUAAAUUUAGAAUGGUAGAAAGGUAAAUCUUCAAAUUUUGCUACCGGUAUUUAAAGUAAUGAAAGAUUGUUGGACACAUUUCAUAAGAUCAUAUUCAUAAUAAUGUGUAAAGUUCACAAACUUUUGUCUUCUUUUAACCUGGUACAAGUAUUUUUUUUCAUUUAAAAUACUAGUAAAUAUUUUUAAAAGAUGCAAUAGUGGUAAUAAUAGGUUUUUGUUUUUUUUUGCCUUAUAUUUUUUUUAUAUAAUAUAUGUCUAAGCUGCAGCAGAUUGAAAAGUUUCCAUUAUGAGGUUUAGGAAAAAUUAUUUCAUGUUGAAAUGUUUAUGCUAUUUACCUUAUAACCACAUUUUCAUACAAAACAAAACCUACUUUAGCAUCCAAUAUAAUUUACUUUUAUCCUGAUCUAUUUUAAAUGACUUAGUUCAUUCAUUUGUGCACCUUUCAUAUUUGUUUUAAGUCAUUGUUGAAAUUCAACUUAUUUGGUUUCCAAGUAUUUUUUUUUUAAAUCUUUUAUCAGUAUUUUAGUCUAAAAGUAUUUAAAUAAUUUAUUGGCUUUAUUAAGAUGUAUUUGCUGAUAAAAUGUGUGUUCUUGUAACAUUAUUCUGAAUAACCAAAGCCAUUAAAGCAUUUCACAAAUUAAUUAACACAAGUUGUUAAACCAUAAAUACAUUCCAACCUAUAAAAUUAGAACAAUGCCCCUCCCCCCAUCCCCCCAAAAAAACAGACAAAAAAAACUCUACAAAGUUCAUUGUGAAUUAUAAAACUUGAUUUGUGUACUUUGGUUAAAGAAAGUCCAGCCACUGGGACAUUAGAUGUGUUAAAGAAAAUAUAUUGGUGACAGAAUGAAAUAUUCAUUUUAUCAAGCAUCUUUACAUUAUUGCCGCAAAGCAGGAUCAUCAAUAUUUUCACCUGGUUUAUCACUGCUUUUUUUUAAAAUAAGCUUUUCUUUUGUUGAACUAUCCUAAUGACUUCCAUGAAGUAAAAAAAAAUUUUAAUUCCCAAUUCUGUUUGUUUAUUUUAAGAUUCUCUACCGUAAUUCUAUGUUUGAUGUAAAAAUAUUUUCCAUCUUUUAAUUUUUCCAUUGUUAUUGUCAUAUAUAUCUAUUUAAUAUUACUCCUUAGCAUUCAUUAAUAUUUAUUUGCCUUACUUUUGCGAAAGGUUAUAUUUCUUAUGUAUAUACAGUGCCAUUCUAUUAGAGGGCCUUUAUUUUAAUGAACAUAUAAUUAUUUUUAAAACAUAAUUAUUUGUGUUGUGAUCUUCAGUAUUUUCCAGCAUUAUAUUUUAUGUUAUCUGGGACAUAGGAAUAUCAAAUUUUGCUCACAAUUUGCCUCACUCUAAUGUAUUAUAUUUUAUUUUGAGUUAUUUAUAACACAUAUUUAUAUUGCUAUAGUUUAUUGUGUGUUUUUUACAAAGCUUAUAUCAAUUCAUUCCAAAAUGUCUGGUACAAAUUUUGAAUAUGUUAUUUCUCCCACUUCCCAUUCUCGGAUCAAGUUGAAAUUUUGCACAAUUAUCCAUGUUUUCUUACAAAGCACAAAUCAAUCAAAAAAUUAACCAAUUAGUUAAUUAAAUAGUGGAAAUUUAUUAAUUUUGUUUCAUAUUGAAAAGGGAAUAAAUCUUACAGUAUUGAGAGAAAGGGUUGUAAAUGUGGAUAUCUUCCCCCCUAGAUAAGCUUUGUUUUGUUAUUUUUAAGUAUUUUUUAUAUUUUGCUUGUUUAUGUUUAUAAAUAUUGUUAAAAUUGUUGGAUUGGAUAAUUUAUUCCACAGGAUAAUUAUUCUUCCCUUAUUUGACUAUUUAGUUAUUUUAUGAUGUCUCUUUCUUUUUUUUUUAAUCAGUAUCAUUUGACUGUAUAAAUAAAUUGUGUGUUACUUUCUUUGUUGCUUAAAUGUAUCUAUCGUUAUCUCUGUAUCUACAUACAGAAAGGUAGUGCUACUUGGUAACUAACCAGGCUUAAACUAUUAAGCUAAUGUAGGCCAUCAUAAAUAUUGACACAAUGCUAUUUGGAUUCCAAGCAUGAUUUAGCACUGGGCAAUGUGAAUAGGAUGGUAAAUGAUGUAUUAAUAUUUAUAAUUAUAUUGGCAGAAAGUGUUUUUUUUGGAAGUUGACCUUGCUCAAUAUAAUAAUUUGUUUUUGUAAUUUUUAUUACUUUGUUAUAAUUAGCCAUCAUAAUUUGAAUUAAUCAACAGCUACUUGAAUAACAUUAUAAGCAUUUAUUUUAAUUACAUUAUUUGAUUAAGGAUUUAAAUUAUUUUAAAUGAAUGUUUUCAAAUAUUUUUUGUUCUUUAAAUAAAUAUUAUAUGGACCUUUUCUUUUGGGAUGAUGUCACCCAAUGCCAUUUAUAAAGGCUGUAGAAUGUUUUUUGACUGAAAGGAUCAUUGGUUACCUAAUGAACACCUAACAUUGUUCAAUCAUCAUACUUUAGAACAAUGCAACUUCAAAAAUAACCUAACAUACACAUCUAUAACAUUAAAGAAGAUUACCCAUCACAAAUGGAAGUUCUCAAUCAGACACAGCAGAAAUAAAUACCUAUCACUGUUAAUAUUAAUAGCAGGAGAUGUAGAGUCAAAUCCAGGGCCUAGAUCUAAAGAUAGAUGCAACAUCUGCAAAAAAAUAUGCACCCUGAAACAGAAAGCCAUUCAAUGUGACACCUGCGAUGAAUGGUACCAUGCAUCAUGUCUCCAUAUGAAUACACCUGUGUAUUAUGCCUUAGGCAACAAAGACGCAUCAUGGCACUGUGUACCGUGUGGGUUACCUCAGUUUACAUCAGGACUGUUUGAUUCCUUUGAUGCGGACACUUCUAACCCAUACAACAUCCUAAACACCAUCCCGAACCAAACUCACCAACCACUAGCCAGAUCCACUCCUGUUAAACCUAAAUCUACUAAAAUUAAUACAACAGCCUCACUAAACAAACCUACUAAAGAAGUAAUACCAAAAUACCUUAAAACCUUAGUUAUAAAUUUUCAAAGCAUUAGGAACAAAACAGCAGACUUAGAAAUUUUAUUAGAAUGUGAGAAACCAGACAUAAUUGCAGGAACAGAAACUUGGCUGCAUCCUGAAAUUUAUAAUGCAGAAAUUUUCAAUAGUAAUUAUGAAAUUUUUAGAAAAGAUAGGGCUGAUAAUCAUGGAGGAGUUCUUUUAGCAAUAAAAAACACUCUUAUAGCAGAAGAAAUUACCUUACCUAACUCAAAAAAUGUAGAAUCAACAUUUUGUAAAAUUAAUACCACCUCAACAUCCCUAAUAAUAGGCAGCAUUUACAGACCACCAAAUUCUAGUUUAGAAUACAUGCAGGAACUAUGUAAUCAGAUUACUACACUUAAAGAGACAAAUAAAAAUGCAGUUUUUUGGAUUAUGGGUGAUUUCAACCUACCUGAUAUAAAUUGGAAAACACUAACCAUAGAUAAACACCAAAACCUUAAGGACAUAAAUGAGCUUUUUAUAGAAACUUUACACAACCUAAGUUUAGAUCAAAUCAUUAAAAAGCCAACUAGAUUAAACAACACAUUAGAUCUCUUCUUAACCAACAGACCUGGAUUAGUAGUUGAUUAUGAAAUUAUCCCUGGUCUUUCAGACCAUGAGAUCAUAAAAAUACACAGUCAGAUAAAAGCAGUAGCCAAUACAAAACCCAAAAGAAAAAUCUUACUCUGGAAUAAAUGUAACCUAACACAACUACACCAAGCUGCACUAAACUUUCAACAAACAUUCUUAUUAGAAAAAGACAUUAACCAACCAGUCGAUGACCUCUGGAAUUUCAUUAAAAACCAUCUUAAAAGCAUUAUAGAAAAUCAUAUACCAACUAAAUACACAUCAAACAAAAUAAAUAAAUGCUGGUUUAAUAAUAGACUAAAGAAGCUUUGUAAACAGAAGGAAAACCUCUAUAGAAAAUUUAAAGAAACUAAUGCAGAAAGAGUUUACAAAAAGUAUAUAAAAAUUAAACACUUAACCCAAAAAGUAAGCAGACAGCUGCAGAGUGAAUACAUAAACAAUGUAAUAUCUAAAGAUAACAACAAAAACCUAUGGUCAUACAUUAAGUCUAAGAAAAUGGAAACAACAGGCGUAGCGCCAUUAAAAGAUGAACAUAACAUAAUACAUAAUGAUAAUGAAACUAAAGCAAACAUUCUAAACAAAUACUUUGCAUCAGCAUUCUCAGCCCCAGGAGACAAAGACAUAUUACUGAAUUUGAACCAAGUAGACAACAUAGAAGAUAUAGUAGUACAAGAAAAUGGAAUUCAAAAACUAUUAGCCAACACCAAACCAAAUAAAGCUUCUGGACCUGAUGGUAUUCCAGCUAGAUUACUCAAAGAACUAAGUAAUGAGCUGGCCCCAGUGUUCAAAAUACUCUUUCAGGCUUCACUUAACCAGGGCAGAGUACCAAAGGACUGGAAAGAAGCUAAUGUCACCCCCCUAUUUAAAAAAAGGAGAAAAAUCUGACCCAGGAAACUACAGACCAGUAUCACUUACCAGCAUCACAUGUAAAAUCCUAGAACACAUAAUAUGUAGCAACAUCAUAAACCACUUAGACAAACAUAAUGUCCUCACACCAUACCAACAUGGCUUUAGGAAAUAUAGAUCAUGUGAAACACAACUAAUAGGACUAAUUGAUGAUUUUUCAAAAGGUUUAGAUAAUAGUGAACAAAUAGAUGCUAUCUUACUAGAUUUUUCUAAGGCUUUUGACAAAGUUCACCACCAUAGUUUGCUUAAAAAAUUAAAAUAUUUCGGCAUUAAUGGUCCACUGCAUCAGUGGAUUAAAGACUUUCUGAUAGGGAGAGAACAAACUGUAAUAAUAAAUGGCUCUAAAUCAACACCGAUAACAGUAAACUCAGGUGUACCUCAAGGUACAGUCUUGGGUCCACUACUAUUUUUAAUUUACAUAAAUGAUUUACCAAAUUGCAUUAGUUCAGGAACAAAAGUCAGAUUAUUUGCAGACGAUUGCAUAAUAUAUAGAACAAUAAAAACAACACAAGACAUAGAUAUUUUACAAAGAGAAUUAGAUGAAUUACAGAAAUGGGAAUCAAAUUGGAGCAUGUCUUUCCACCCAGAAAAAUGUCAGUUGUUAAGAGUAACAAAAAAACUAAAACAAAUUAAUUCCACUUAUCUUAUUCAUGGCAAACCAGUAUCACAGACUAAAAACGCAAAAUACCUAGGUGUUAUAAUAAAUGAAAAACUAUCAUGGAAUCCACAUAUUGAUGAAACUACAAAAAAAUCAAACAAAGCAUUAGGAUUUAUUAAAAGAAAUUUCUAUAAAUCAAAUAAGAACAUAAAACUAAAAUGUUACUUAACCUUGGUUAGGCCAAUAAUAGAAUAUGCAUCCUCCGUUUGGGACCCCUCAACCCAAGAAAACAUUAAAAAACUGGAAAAGACACAAAAUAGAGCAGUGAGAUUCAUAACAAACGAAUAUUCACAUUUGACUAGAGUAACACCUUUAGUAAAAUCACUAAAUUUGAAAAGCCUUCAGGACAGAAGGCUCAAAAGUAAAGUAGCAAUCAUACAUAAAACACUGAACCAUAAUCUUCAAAUACAAAAACAAAAUUUAAUAAAAUACUCUGAAAGACACAAAGAUAAAGGCACAUUCCUCGUCCCAUAUGCUAGGACAAAUUUGUACAAAUACUCCUUCUUCCCUAGUGCUAUUAGAGCAUGGAAUGGGUUGCCUGAGCUAGCCAGGAAAACCAGUGACUUGGCAGAAUUUAAGUCAUUGGUUAAUAUGCAUGACUAAAUGCAAGACGCGUAGGACGUAAUCAUCUUCUUUUUUGAAGUAACGUCUGUAUUAUAUAAGAUAAGAUAAGAAGACUGAUGUCAGUGUUUCUGUUUUCUUGGUACAGCAGUUGCUUAUGAUAUUGUUGCUUAUAUAUUUUUUUAAAAUGCAUGAUAUAAAUAUUACUUUAUGUAAAUCAUGAUUGGGACUGAUUUUGCUAAUUUACUGUGAUGUUGCAGGUGUCUUUAUUGUUGGUGCUGCUGCUGUAAUUGUUUCUGAUAUGAUUCUUUCACGUUUUGCUUUUAUGUUAUUAAAUAUUUCUAAAUGCUGUUGUUUCACAGACUGGUAUUAAAUAUAUAUAUAUAUAUAUAUAUAUAUAUAUAUAUAUAUAUAUAUAUAUAUAUUAAGUUUAGUCAGGACUCAAUAAGAUUUAUCUAUCUGUAUUAUUUAAAUUUUGGAAUAGUGGUCAGAGUGUACUAUGAACAAAUAUGCCUCAUCGUGUUGUAUUCUUGCUGGACUGUUGUUCAGUCAUCUUGCUGGUGCUGGGUUCAUGCCCGGCCUGCUGUCAUCCUCCGUCAUGCUGCCGGAGGUUUGGACUAGGAAAUAGAUUAUCUACAAAUUUAAAGGAAACAUUUAAAACAACAAAAAAAAAAAAAAGAAAAUUAUUUGGCAAAGAAGUUACAUUGUAGUUAGUUCUCAAAGCAUUUUUUCCACACUUUAAAUGGGAAUCAAUUGGCUUUUGCAUGUUAGUUGUAAUUCUAAUUUGCAUAUUUAUUUUAACCAAUUUUUCCUUCGGAAAAAAAGUUAUUAAUUUUCUACAAGUCCUAGUCAUACACAAUUGAGCAUUAGUGAUAUAUGUAUAUAUAAUUGUGAAUCACAAUUGUUAAUGGAAAAAAUAUCAAUUGUUUGCUUGUUCUUCAGCUGCAGUUUGUAUUUUGGGAGGAUAUGGUGACAGAUUUUAAUUUUAAGGAAAAUAUAAAUGUUAAAUUCAAGGUAGUACAUGCUCAGCAUAAUAAAAUACUUGAAAUCUAAGAAAGAAUUCUGUACAUUGUAUUUUAAAGAAAAAUAGACUUUUGUUUUGAUUGUGUUGAUUGUAGGCUUGGAAACCUUUUACCUUUUGAUAAACUUUUUUUUAAUUGAACUGAAUUUUGUAUGAAAUAUUGUUUUCAAUUCUGGAAAUAAAUAUUUUUUUUCAAGAAAGA